AUGGCUAGUGUAACUGGUCGACGUUUUUUUGUUGGUGGAAAUUGGAAAAUGAAUUAUUCAAAAACUAUUUUAGAAAAAGUUAAUAAUGCAUUGAAUAAUACAAAAGAUAUUGAUGUUGAUAUUGUAUGUGCACCACCAGCUCUUUUUAUAAAAGAUUUUAUUUCAUCAAAACCAGCACAUGUUCAAGUAGCUGCACAAAAUUGUUAUCAUGCUAAGGAAGGUGCAUUUACUGGUGAAAUUAGUCCGGAAAUGUUAAAAGAAGCUGGUUGUAAUUGGGUUAUUCUUGGUCAUUCAGAACGACGAACAUUAUUUCAUGAAGAUGAUGAAUUUUUGAAAAAAAAAAUUGAUUAUGUUCUCAAUAAAACUGAUGUUAAUGUUAUUGCUUGUAUUGGUGAAACAUUACAAGAACGUGAAGCUGGUAAAACAAAUGAAGUUGUCGAACGACAAGUUAAAGCUUAUCAAGAAAAAAUUGCCAAUGAUCAAUAUAAUCGUGUUGUGAUAGCUUAUGAACCUGUUUGGGCUAUUGGUACAGGUAAAGUUGCUACACCUCAACAAGCACAAGAAGUUCAUCAACAUUUACGAAAAUUUAUUGAACAAAAUGCAAAUGCUGAUAUUGCAAAAAAUAUUCGUAUUAUUUAUGGUGGUUCAGUUAGUGGAUCAAAUUGUAAAGAAUUAGCUCAACAAUCUGACAUUGAUGGUUUUCUUGUUGGAGGUGCUUCGCUCAAACCAGAAUUUGAACAGAUCUGCAAAUCACGUCAAAAUUAA